AUUAUUUAGUGAGAGGCUAUCUGCUACCUAUCCACCACUUUAUGGCUGGCUACCCUAAAAAAUAAACAAAAAUAAAUAAAUGAUACCCAUAUCCUGUUUACCUGUUUUCUGUAUAGCAAAAACCAGAGGAAUAUGAGGAUUUAUGCAUAACAAAGAGGUAAAACCCACGAAGACGACCAUAUUCUCCUAUACCAAACUUCCUUACAUGUUUUGAUAGGAGGGUAAGCCAGAUACCUAACAAUUAUUAACAAUUACCAUGCCCUUUAAUGAAAACAAAGGUGUGUUUAGACUGACUAUCAAGAAAUCAAGAUUAGGGUUUCUUUUUAAGUAUAUAAAAUAUGUUUUUACAAACUUUUGUAGAUCUUAAUAAUCUCCAACUGGGUCUCCUCUUUAGAUUUUUUCACCUUUCUGAUUUUCUUUCUAAUUGUUUGAUCUCUUCUUCACCAUCAUCAUCGAGUUUUGGAUACAGUUUAAUUUUAGGGUAAAACUGAUUAUUGAUUUGUCUUGUGUAAGUCAACCAUCUUAGAUUUAGGUUUAGAUCUGAUAAAUCUGGAAUUUUAUUUUCUGGGUUUUGUUUCACAUCAAUCAAUAUAUAUAUAAAUAUUUGUGACUUAGAUCUUGUUUGAUCUAAUAAAUAGCCAAAUGAAAUUUGAGCUGCUGUAGAUCAGGAUCAACUCAGCAAACUGCUUGAUCAAGAUUCAUUAGUAGGAUGGGAACAAAAAUUCUUAGACAUUUUAUCAAAGAAGAGGAGAUGGAUAUUCCUUUAAUUCCACCAGGUUUUGAGUCAUUUGCUCCUCAAAUCCUGAAAGGUGGUGUAGAAGACAAUAAUGAAACAAGUAAUAAUUCAUGCUCAAUCUCCACUAGAUUGGAAACACUUGAUGAUGACAUCAAACCCUUAAUCCAUGCAAAUGACACUGCAAACAUCAAAAGAACCCGAAAGCAAAGGAUUAAGAUAAACUAUAACAAUGAUCCAGGACAUGGGCCUGAUUUGGACAAGGUGACAGCAAGGUGGCGGCCAGAAGAUGGCCGCAGGCCUGUUCUUGAGGAUGCUCCGGUUUUCUACCCUACUGAAGAGGAAUUCAUUGACACUCUUAACUAUAUUGCAAGUAUACGGCCCACAGCAGAAAAAUAUGGGAUUUGUCGAAUUGUUCCACCUCCAUCUUGGAAACCUCCUUGUUCCUCCCUUAAGGAGAAAAGUUUCUGGGAAAAAUCUACCUUUUCUACUCGUGUCCAGAAAGUUAAUAAACUUCAAAACCGGGAAUCAAUGAAAAUGAUCUUAAAGUUUAAUAGCAAGAAGAGUAGGAAGAAGAGAAGAUGUGCCCAAGUUAAUACUACAGGAAAUUGUGAUGAUAUCGGUGUUUGUGGAAUGGAUAGCUUUGGCUUCCAACCGGGUCCAGAAUUCACUUUAGAUACGUUUCAUAAAUAUGCAGACGAUUUUAAAACUCAAUAUUUCCGAAGAAAUAUAUCCCCUGAGGAAAUUGAAGGUGAAUAUUGGCGAAUUGUGGAGAGACCUACUGAAGAAAUUGAGGUACUUUACGGUGCUGAUGUAGAUACUGGCAAUUUUCGCAGUGGUUUCCCGAAAUGUGGCAAUGAAGAUGGUUUGGAUUAUGAAGAGAAGUAUGUCAAAUCGGGGUGGAAUCUGAACAACUUUCCGAAACUUCAAGGUUCAGUUCUCAAUUAUGAAAGCAGCGACAUUUCUGGUGUUGUUGUUCCGUGGUUAUACAUUGGAAUGUGUUUCUCUUCAUUUUGUUGGCAUGUUGAAGAUCACUACUUGUACUCAUUGAAUUACAUGCACUUUGGCGCGCCAAAGCUGUGGUAUGGUGUCCCGGGUGAUGGUGCACUUAAAUUGGAAGCAGCUAUGAAAAAGCAUCUUCCCAACCUAUUUGCAGAACAACCCGAUUUGCUUAAUAAGCUCGUCACACAGCUUUCACCUUCGAUCCUGCGAUCUGAAGGAGUACCAAUCUAUCGAUGUGUCCAGAAUUCUGGGGAGUUUGUUCUUACAUUUCCUAGGGCGUAUCAUUCGGGAUUGAACUGUGGCUUCAAUUGUGCUGAAGCUGUUAAUGUUGCUCCUAUUGAUUGGUUUCCUCAUGGUCAGACCGCCAUUGAAUUGUAUCGUGAGCAGGGACGAAAAACAUCACUUUCUCAUGACAAACUGCUUCUAGGUACGGCAAGGGAAGCGGUUAAAGCACAUUGGGAACUUAGUUUACUGCGAAGAAAUACUUCCUAUAACUUAAAGUGGAAGAGUGUUUGCGGGAAAGAUGGAAUUCUAACAAAGGCGUUAAAGGAUCGUGUUGAGGUGGAGAGUGUAAGGAGGAAGUUCUGUUGCGGUUCUGCAAAGGCAGUGAAGAUGGAAAGCGAUUUUGACACCACAAGUGAAAAGGAAUGUGUUAUAUGUUUUUUCGACUUGCACCUGUCUGCAGCCCGGUGCAGCUGUUCACCCGAUAAAUAUACAUGCCUGAGCCACGUGAACCAGUUAUGCUCAUGUUCUUAUUCCGAAAAGGUCUUCAUCUUUCGUUAUGAUAUCGAUGAGAUGAGCAUACUUGUUGACGCCUUAGAAGGGAAAUUGAGUGCUGUUUACAAAUGGGCAAACCAAGAUCUUGGACUGGCCUUGAGUUCUUCAUUUGCAUCAAGAUCAGUAAAUUUCUCUCAAAAUAUCGAAAAAGGAAGCGCCAAUGAAAUUGGGGUAACUCUGAUUUCAAGGGGCGGUGGUUCUAACAAUAAAGAAACACUUGUCAUACAAAAGGGUCCUCGAAUUGCAAAGGUUAUUAGGAGGAGAAAAUCCCACAUCGAGCCUAUUGAAUAUGGUGUUGUGCAAACCGGAAAGAGGUGGUGUGAUAGUAAGGCCAUAUUUCCAAAGGGGUUUAGGAGUCGUGUUAGGUACAUAAGCAUUCUCGAACCAACAACAGAGUGUUACUAUGUUUCUGAAAUCGUGGACGCUGGACGCCGCGAUUUUCCUCUUUUUAUGGUUUCUGUUGAAGAAUGUCCAAGUGAGGUGUUCAUUCAUGUUUCAGCACGUAAAUGCUGGGAAAUGGUAAGAGAAAGAUUAAAUCAAGAGAUUACAAGACAACACAAGAUUGGAAAAAGAAGAACAGAUCUUCCACCAUUACAGAUAACUGGAAUUCUCGAUGGUUUGGAAAUGUUCGGUUUUUCCUCUCCUCCUAUUAUGCAGGUUAUUGAAACAAUGGACAGAAAUCACAUUUGUACAGAAUACUGGAAAUCGGGCCAAUCAUCGCAUAUUCAGGGAGAUGCAAUGCUCAAUGAACUUCUUAAGAAGGCAAAUCAAGAAGAACUAAAAGCACUGCUCCACAUCCUUAGUAGUAGUGGCGAAAGCAAAGAAGAUGAUGGCCUAUUAACCAAACUUCUCCAUGAAGAGAUUCGAAAGCGCCCUAAGAACAUAACAUAGUUUUUUUACCUUUAAUGGAUCUGCAACUGAAAUACCUGAAAUCUUAUUAAUAACUAAUCGUAUGAAUAUGCAGAGCCUCUUUCUUUUUCAAAAGCGGUCUAGACACCUUAGUCGAAAUAAAUAAAAAGUUAUACAAAUUUUGUAAGUUAUCAUAAACUAUAAAAUUUAAAUUUGUUUUAUGUAAAGUAUAACUAUAAUUGAUACAUGAUUAUAAGUUUUUUUAAUUGUUAUAUAAUGCUAGUCCU